AUGACGUCUUGCGUCGCGGCUCGAUUCGCGACCUGCGCGAACGCCGCGCGCGCGAGGCCGACUUCGUCCUCGCGACGACGACGCGUCACCGCGACGGCGCGAGCCGCGAACGGCGACGCGACGUCGACCGCGGUGGAGUUCGCCGGCGAGCGCGAGGGAAAAGCGGAGGAGGUCGAGUCAGCAGACGCUCGCGUUGGGAAGUCGCAUCGGCGGUCGGGCUCGGGGCCGAGCUUUUUCGGCAACGCGUUUCUAGGCGUCGCGCUCGGCGUCGCCGGGUUCGGCCGCGGCGUCCCGUCCGCGACGGCGACGAUGGAGAGCGUCUCCCACGCGUCCGUCACCGCCGCCGCCACGUCGGAUUCGGGAUCCAUCCAAGCGGGCCAAUCGGGGAAGUACAGCGCGACGCUGAUGCCGAAGGCGACGAAGAGCGACGGGCAGCGGCGCGCUCAUCCGGAUCACAUCGGGCUGAUGCCGAACCCGCACAUGGAGGAGAUGGUGUGCAAGAAGUGGUUCGUCGGGACGAUCAACGCGAUCGGGUGA